AUGGCAGAACAAAUCCCAGCCCCAAAACCGUUGAAACUCGAUGGAAAUGCAGCUGAAAAUUGGCGGCGUUGGAAGAAAGCCUUCGAGCUAUACAUGACCGCUACUGAGAAAGACAAAAAGUCGCAGAAAAUACAGUGUGCAACGUUUUUGACCUUGGCUGGCGAAGCAGCGAUUACAGUUUACGAAACACUCACGUUUGAAGAUACAGAAAAAGAUAAAAUCGAGCCGUUAGUAGCGAAAUUUGAAGCGUAUUGUCUUCCAAAAAAAAUGUCACGCACGAAAGGCAUGUGUUUAACUUGAGGAAACAAAAGCCUGACGAAUCGGUAGAGCAGUUUGUGACGGAACUGAAACGAUUAGCAAAGAACUGUGAGUAUGGAGAACUUACAAACUCGAUCGUUAAAGACAGGAUUGUCGAAGGAAUCAGCAAUGACAGAACUCGAGCACGGCUUCUUCGAGAAAAAGAUUUAUCGCUAGAAAGGUGUAUGGACGUGUGCAAAGCAGCAGAAGUUGCCGACAAGCAUAUGAAAACCUUAACAGAUAAGUCACGUAAAUCGGAAGAAAUUGAUGCAGUUUAUAGUCGAGGAAGGAAUUAUCGAAGAGAAACGCAUUCAGGAUUAACGGGCAACGGCGGUAAAGAUCAAAAAUUUUAUAACAACAGAUUAAAUUGCAGCAGAUGUGGUCAGGGAAACCAUAGUUAUGAUAAAUGCCCAGCUGUGGGAAAAGAAUGUAGAAAUUGUCACAAGAAAAAUCAUUUUAUGAGUCAAUGUAGAACCCGAGACAAAGAAUUGCCAAAAUAUCCAAGAAAACAUCGAGUCGAUGCGGUAGAGAACAACGGUAAACAAGAGAGGGACGCUGAACCAAGUAGUGAGUCUAGUGACGAACAUGAAUUCUAUGUUUAUUCGACGGAAACGACCGCUGACAAGUCAGAUCCAUGGAUACUUCCAUUGGAAGUAAACAACAGUAUAGUUACUUUUAAAGUAGACACUGGCUCGGAUGUCAAUGUAAUGAGUUAUAACGAGUUUAAGACACUUCAGAACAGACCGAAGUUGAAACAAUCGAAGACUAAACUGAAAGCAUACAACGGGGGAGAUGUUCAAGUGCAAGGUCAGUGUAUUUUAUCCUUAAAGUUGAAAGAGAAAUCGGUGAAAGCGCUGUUUUUAAUCAGCCCUGAUGAUGUUAAACCUAUUUUGGGAAGGGAACUUUCUGAAAAGUUAAAUCUUGUGAAAAGAACAUUUUCUAUUGAGCAGUCGAACAGUUCGAAUAAUUUAACGGGCAGCAGGUAUAACAAUGCAAAACUAAGUGAGAAAUAUGCUGACUGUUUCGAAGGACUAGGCUGUUUACCUCAUACUGUAAAAAUCGAGUUAAGAGAUGAUGCAACACCAGUUGUUGAGCCUUGUCGCAAAAUACCCUUCGCGCCGUAUGAUAAGCUCAAAGACGAACUACAACAAAUGGAAGCUAUGGGCGUGAUUGAAAAGAUCGAAGAACCGACUGAGUGGGUUAACUCAUUUGUGCCAGUUACUAAGCCAAAUGGAAACUUACGUGUUUGCUUAGACCCAAGAAACUUGAACAAAUCAAUAAAACGUGAACAUUUCAAGUUACCUACACGAGACGAAGUUACAGCUCAAUUUGCAAAUGCCAAGGUAUUUACUAAACUAGAUGCCUCAAAUGGGUUUUGGCAAAUGAAGCUUGAAGACGAAAGUACUAAUUUAUGUACUUUCAAUACCCCUUUUGGGAGAUACAAAUACUUACGACUCCCAUUUGGAAUCUCCAGUGCCCCAGAGAUUUAUCAUAGAACCAUUAACUCUUUGUUUAGUCACUUAGAAGGCGUAGAUACUUCUAUGGAUGACAUCAUCAUUUAUGGAUCAACCCCACAAGAACAUGAUCAAAGGUUGGAAGCAACAAUGAAAGUUGUGAAAGAAGUUGGACUGAAACUUCAAAAAGCAAAAUGCGAAGUGGGUGUACAACAGUUGACUUACCUGGGGGACACAAUUUCGGCUGAGGGAUUGAAACCUGAUCAGAGAAAAGUUGAGGCAAUCCAGAACAUGGAAAGACCUGGAAACAAAACAGACCUCCAGAGAUUCCUAGGUAUGAUUAAUUAUCUUGCUAGAUACAUACCAGAUUUAUCCACUAGAACAAUGCCAUUAAGAAAGUUGUUAGACCAGAAGGUGUUGUGGAUGUGGGACAAUGAGCAAGAGAAAGCAUGGAAAGAAUUGAAGGAACUUGUUUCAAGCGAACCUGUGUUAAAGUUCUACGAUCCAAACAAGCCCAUAAAGAUUUCAACCGAUGCAAGUAGGAGUGGCUUAGGAGCAGUACUGCAGCAGCUACAUGGUGAAAAUUGGCUUCCA